AUGGAAGGCGACUGGGCGUGGUUACAACCGUCGUGGGCGCAUCUGGAGUCGUGGCAGCAGCGGCAGCAGCCGCAGGCGGAAGCGGAUUGCGGCAGCUGGGACAGCAGCGCUGCGUGCAGCUGCUGCGGCCACAGCAGCAGCGACUCUGGCGACGGCGAGUGGCUCACAGGCGCGCCGUCGUUCGAUGACACGUGGCCCGAACAGGUGGAACUCGUGCCCACUCGGUUCGGCCCCUUGCGCGUGACUAUAUCGGGCGACCGCCGCAAUCACCCGCUCUUCACGUAUCACGACAUCGCUCUCGAUCACUCGUCGUGCUUCGGAGCGCUCUUUAGGUGCCCCGACACCGCGCCGCUGCUGCGGCAGCACUUCUGCGUCUUCCACGUGGACGCGCCCGACCACGAGGUGGGAGCGGCAUCAGGGCGGCAGCAGCGGAGAAAGCUGUCGGCGGAUGACUUGGCGGAGCAGGUCGCGGACGCCAUCACGCACUUCGGUCUCCCCGCGGUGACGGGCCUUGGCGUCACGGCGGGCGCGUACGUGCUCACGCUGCUCGCGAUCAAGCGGCCGGAGCUGGUGCGGGCGCUCAUCCUGGUGUCGCCGGUAUGCCGCACGCCCACGUGGAGCGAGUGGGCGUUCAACAAGGUGCGCUCCUCCCGCCGCCCCCCUCAUGCCCACCUGCUUCCGCCUCUUGCACAUCCCUCCACCAACCCUGCUCACCCAUUGUGCCAAUCCCACACCUUGUCUCGUUUGUCUCUCUUCCAAUUCCUACUCAUACCCGCACCUCCACCCCCUUGUGCAACCGUCCUGUGGCGUGCAGUUGCUGCUGUCGGUGCUGUCUCUAUCCGGGCUGCCCGCCGUUGUGUCGGGCGCCUUCUCUGGCAGAUACCUCAGUCCAGCUACGCACACCAAGAGCGCCACACACCUCACAUGUCAGUCGCUUGCGGCUCACCCGCUCUCACCACGGACGCAGCCCUCGCAUCUGCAGAGGAGGGCGAGGAGAGGGAUCCGCGGGCCGUGGCGCAGUAUGCAGACGCCUUCAACAAUCGCAGGGACAUAACGGAGCAGGUGCGGCGGAUCACAUGUGCGUGUCUGGUGCUCGUGGGCGAGCACUCUGCCUUCCGAGACGACGCUCUGCACCUGCACGCACACUUACCACCGCACCUCGCCGCCUGGUUCCAGGUGCCCGCCAGCGGGUCACUGCCCUCCUUCCGCCCGGAGGACCUUUCUCUCGACGCCAUAGGCUGCAAGCUCAAGCCCAUCCGCACGCGCAUGCCGCCCGGGCUGGGGGGUGUGAGUAAGGUGCUGCUUCCUCGGGCAAAGCCGGGGUGGUGCUGA